AUGCCAUUCGACUAUUUCCAACCCAGCCCAGCCAAGAAAUUUGUCUCUCUCACCAAGCACUCCCGGGUGACUGGGGCAAAAGUCAACACGGUGUUUCACGAGCUCAAGCCACUUCAGCCAGACGACUUGAUCGGCGAAUGGGACGGAUAUAUCCUUGCCACGGGUCACCCAUUCGAGCACGAGCUGGACACGCUAAAUUGGUUCGGCAAUACAUUUUAUUCCACCGACGACGUGGCACCACUGAUGGUUGCGCGGAACGGGGAACGGGUGCCCUUUGAAGAUUGGGGGCGUGCAUCCCUACGUGAAAUCAAAUAUCAUGGAGUUGUCUCUGCAGCUUUGAUUUACGACGAGCGACCCAUGAUGGUCUAUUAUCGAGCUGUGAAGCAUAACAUGGUGGCUGGAUGUAUUGAGAGUAAAAAGUGGCAGGGGAAAGUCUACUUCUAUUUGACGAGAUAA